AUGGACCGAUCGGGCAACUUUGUCACCCCAACGGCUGUGUGGACAGAUGUGCCCAUCGCAUGCCUUUCCGAGUUUCAAACCCUGGAGCAAGUUCUGGACGAACGACUUGUCUUGUUUACGCAAUCCCCGAUGAAGGCUACACCGGAGCCACCGUCGUGGGCGUCAACUGCGAGUUCCUGA